UGCCUGACCUCAUUUCUUCAACUCUUGUCCCAGUUUCUACAGCUGUCACAAAGCAUCCAUCCAUGGCUGUCCUCCACACAAUCAACCUUAUUACACAAUGUCUGUGUUUCCCCAUCAUCACGCUCUUCGUGGCCCUGCGGCUCUGGGUCCGUAUCCGGUUGCAGCAGGGGUUGGCUGCAGAGGACUACACAUGUUUAAUUGGAUGGGCGUUAUUCAUGGGAUACUGCGCCGUUAGUCUAUACGUGGGCGAGUAUGGAGGGGGAUACCCUUACUCGGAGGUGUCGGAAGCGAAUUUGGUUUUGUUCCGAAAGUUCUGCUAUGCCGCCACGCUCUUCUACUGCCCGAUGGCGUUCUUCGUCAAGGUGGCCCUCCUCUCCAUCCUGACGCGCAUCUUCAGUCCCUACCGAUCGAAAGUGUUAUUCAUCUAUAUCUUCCUGGCCGUGCUAUGCAGCUACUAUAUCGCCGCCCUGAUCAUCAAGAUCCGCAUGUGUCUGCCCAUCCCGACCUACUGGCUAGGCACCGGCGGCCACUGCCUCGACCAGCAGGCCGCCCUGAUUGCCGACUCGGUGAUCAGCGUCGUCAGCGAUCUCAUCAUCCUCCUCCUGCCCCUGCCUUUAACCUGGUCGCUGCAGAUGAGCCGCAAUAGAAAGCUGCGAGUCAUGGGCAUUCUCGGGGCUGGCGGCCUGGCAACCGCCUUCAGUCUGUACCGGCUGGUUCUCGUCCUGCAGGAUGGAAGCUCCCCAGACCAGACCAUCAUCUUUACCAAAGUCAUUUUAUCGGGUAAUGCAGAAGGAGGCGUCGGUCUGAUCUGCACCUGUCUCCCCACAUUCAACCAUCUGCUGAACCAUUUCUGCCACAACGGCUUCAGCACGUCUAAGAAAUACGCCAGCUCGGGGUACCCGAUGGGCCAUUACGGCGAGAAUACGACCGUUGUCGAGGCCGAGAUCGGGCUGGAGAGAGAGGGCGACCAGACGGUCUUAAUCAAGGAGAGUGAGUUGUACCAGGGUAUCCAGCGGACGGUAGAGGUGCAGCAGUGGGUAAGCCAUCAUUAA